AGUGGUUGACUAAGGCGACCAGGUCCGGAUCCCGACGCAGGCGUACUGGGGCCGCGAUCCCGAGAGCGGACGUGAGGCCUCGGGCCUGACGGAGGGGCUCCGAGCGGAGAGGGCAGGAACCGGCAGAUUGGUGCAGGGCCGGGGUGAGGGACCGGCAGGAUGACUUCCUUUGGCUGGAAGAGGAAGGUUGGCGAGAAGGUGUCGAAGACGGCCUCCCAGGUCUUUGAGGCGGCUGUGGAGGAGGAUGGUGGAUUGGUGGACGCUGACGUGGAUUGGUUGCACGCUGCAAAGCGUCGGCGGGAGACACUGUUGGAGGACUGUGCUGUGAAGAGCAAGAGACUAAAGGAUGAGGGGGCCUUCCUGUCGGAGAGCGGCAGGUACUGGGAGGCGAUUGGUCGGUGGGAUGAAGCUAUUCAGCUGACACCGGACUGUGCUGCCCUCUACGAGAUGAAGGCACAGGUGCUGAUGAUCCUGAAUGAGGUCUUCCAGGCAGUGCAGGCAGCAGAGACGGCUGUCCACCUAAACCCUCAGUGGUGGGAAGCUUGGCAGACCCUGGGCCGGGCCCAACUCAGCCUCGGUGAGGUGGCUUUGGCACUGAGGAGCUUCCAGCAGGCAGUGCACACCUUCCCGGCAGAGAGCUCACUGUGGGAGGACGAUCUAGGCUGGGCCGUGGAGCUACGGAGGAGGCAGCGAGAGCUGAGCCAGGCUGCCCAGCAGAGACAGGCCCCCGCCGCUGACCUGCCUGACUACGACUUUGAGAGCGAGGAGCUGGUGGAGGCGUGCGCGGCUAUUGCCGAGCGAGACAGGCAGCCCUGCCCGGCCGGCAGCCCCGUGUAUGUGGAGGCGCCAAGGAGUGGGGCGGGCCUCGGCCUGCAAGCUCGAGGCUUUGUCCAGGCCCGGUAGUGGCAGCUACGGGGAGUAGGAACAGGACAUCCCUCUCCAUGGGCAGUUUGCUGGACCCUGCUCCCUUGGGGCCCUGCCCCUAAAGGACUAGUUCCAUUCCUCAUUGCUUCGAUGUUGGGACUAUGUGCUGGCCUAUUCUUCUCAACAUGCAUCCGGUUCAACGGGUUAUCAUCAGGCCAGCCCGGGAAUUCCUGUCAAGGUCAGAGUGUUCAGGCGGAGAAUGAAGCCCCUCAGUUUGUGGAUGUUCUCCCAAGGUGGGAGAUGGGGGUGCUGCUACUUCCCGAGGUUUUGUGUGCCCCCCUGGGAACCCUGGGCUGGUCGAGUGGCACAUUGGUGUCUGCAGCUCAUGCGUACAAUAAAGCUUUGCCUGUCUGUGGA